AGUGCUCUGUUCGCUGCUGGUGUCUUUUGCUGUAUUGCUUGAUCUUAAUGACCUUGCUUUUUGGAUUAAAGUUGUGGUAUCCAUCUGCCCUUCCGCCUCGUCCCUCCUCGCUGUCAUUUGUCGGAACGAGAGAGAGGAAUGAGAACUGGGUUCACCAGCGCCCUUUUUUUUCUGUGUUCCUAAGCUCACACAGCAGCUCGCAGAGGAGAACACGAGAGGGGCAAUGGAACAGUGAAGAGAACGAGCUCAAAGAGAUCCAAAGAUCCGAUCUUUGAGGUCAUGGAUAGACCAAGAUGCAGGCUCUGCGGCCGCCGCUUCUCCAAUGGCCACGCACUCGGCGGUCACAUGCGCUCCCACAGGAACUCUGCCGCUCGUCCCGCGAUGGCUCAGCAGGCACUCCCCUCUCCUUCCGCCUCCUCGUCCUCUUUCUCCGUGGCGGCGGAGGGCACGCCGGCGAUGGGCGCGUACGGUUUCCGCAAGAACCCGAAGAGAAGCUUCCGACUUGUCGAUCCUGAGUUCUCCUCCGUCGCCGCAGGCGGAUCCUCCACCGUCGUUCAUGAGGGCGAGAGCGACGCGGAGUCGUCCUUCCGACGGCGGCUAAGCCGUCCUCGCCGCCAAGUUGAUGCCGUCGCCGACGCCAAACAGGUCAGCUCCGUCUCGGACGCCUCGACUGAGGAGGACGUCGCCCGCUGCCUCAUGCUGCUCUCCCGCGACGCCUGGUCCAAAUCGGAAGCAGAGGGCCAGCGAUCCAACGGCUUGGACGAGACCAAUGAGGACGAAGAGGAGGAGAUCUAUUACGAUCAAGUGGAGGAGAAGGAACCGGAACCGCCGCUCGCCGCCAGAUCACGGCGGAAGAGGACCAGGUACCAAUGCAGCACGUGCGGGAAGUUCUUCCGGUCGUAUCAAGCUCUCGGCGGCCACCGCGCGAGCCACAAGAGGGUCGAGGUGGAACGCAUCCCGACCGCCGAUACCAACCCUCCUGACCGCGAGCCCAAGCUCUUCGAGUGCCCUUACUGCUGCAGGGUCUUCUCCUCCGGCCAGGCGCUCGGCGGCCACAAAAGAUCCCAUCUUUCCUCCGCCAUCACUGCCCCCGUUCACCGUCCACUACCGCCGCUCUCUCCUUUCGUCCUCGAAGGCAGCUUCAUCGACCUCAACCUCCCAGCCACACCCGAAGAAGAGGCAGAGAUCUCGACGCUCUCCGUCGCAACGGAAUUCGCGUCAAAGUAAUCGCUUUUCUCUCCUCCGAUUACUCUCGGAGCUCAAAGUCGCCAUUUUGGAGGUCAUUCAAGUUCGAUCUGGGUCACCAGUUGCAGUGGCCACUGUAACUACAGCACAGCAGAGAAGAAUCAUAUGAAUCAGAAAGAAAAAGGAGAAGGAACAGUGAAAUCUUCUUUGUCGAGCUUUUUGUACUCGAGUCGUGUCGUCGAUCAAAGGCCAGUCUUUCAGAAAAGCUGGUGCUCUGUUACUAACCACGAAGCAUUUAGACAGUGCGCUGUUUCCAGCUGUAGUUGGCUAA